AUGACCUAUCGGGGAACCCGUUCUAAGCCCUACUUUCUUCUUGAUCAUGUUCUUUCCGUCGACAGCAACAACCAUCUUUUCGAUCGCCUUUUAGGCCUUGCGACCAACGAGCUAGUCAAACCGCUUACAGAGUGCCGCCCAAAAGCCCCGAUCGAAGCAAGAAAUUACUUGCAGGAUCCUGCUAGCCUGUAUCCCCAGACAGUCACUGAAUGCACAGAUGUUACAUGGGCCAUCGACAACGUCGUCCAAAAAGGAGUUAAGGCAAGCAUCACUAGCAUGUUCAAUCUAUGGGGGAAUCACUCCGAAAAUAAGAGCGAUGUUUGGGACUCAACGCUGUUGCGAGUGAUUCAGAUUGAGGAGAAUCCACGAGAGAAGAUCAAGGAACUGCUGAAGAACCCUGAAUACGAGAAGAGUAUCCGUGAGUUGUUUGCUUGGCAGGAUGACCAAGGCCACAAGCGCGUCGUGGGUGUCGUCACCGGUUUCAUUACGUGUACCGACAUGGCUGUAAACAAGACUGAGGAAAAGACGACAGCUGGCGGCCUCUCCUUGACGCCCGUCCCAGAGACAGCCACAGGCGUGCCAGGUACAGCAGUGACCGCGCAGGGGUUCAGCAAGAAGGUCCACAAAAAGGAUAUUUCUGGCGCUUACAAGGGCGAAGUGGUUGUGGCGUGCAGUUACCUACCAAUCUUUGCGCAUUUCACAGCCGAGUCUGGAACUUCCUGGCUCGGCCAAUGGUGGCGCGGAAGUGACCCAGCGUUUUCACAUUUGCAGCUAGGCGAUUUACCGAUGGUAGUUGAGAGCGAGGAUGGAGAAGUAAAGUACAAGGUCGGAAAGGAGUGUGGAGGAAACCUGGAUCGUCCUUUUGGAGUCGAUGAUCAGAAAGACAAUAAUGGAGGUGCACGUGAGCAGCAGGAGCUUCAAGACCUCGAGAACUUGGGAUUCACAAUCGAGGUCGCUUCUGAAUGA